AUGGGCAUUUAUACUUUUGAUAUGAAAUCUCAUUACUUAUUUGCCCAAAAUUUGUUGAAGGAACUUGCUUUGGAUGGACAUAAUGUGACAGUUUUCACGGGAUUUGAAACGAAAAAUUUACCGCCGAACUAUCGGGAAGUCAAAUUGAAUCUUGCAAGCUUGGAUGAGUUCAAAAAAUUGAUGGCGAAAGAUGGAUCGGUAUUCAACAUGUUCUCAUACUUCAAUAAAUUCAACGAAUUUGCCUUAAAUACAUCAAAAGCCCUUCUUGCCAAUGACGAAUAUCAAGCUAUGGUAGCUUCCAAAAAUGUUGAUGUCAUUCUCAUGAACUCUGCUGACAAUCCUUUAUUUCUUGGAGUUGGCAAAGAGUUAAAUGCUCCAAUUGUCAUUACUUCAGCACAGAAAUUAACUUUCUUCUUGGAACAUUACACGGGUGCUUUUGCUCACGACUCUUUUAUGACGAACAUUUUUUUACCGAUUGCAGAUGAAAUGACCUUCAAAGAACGUUUGGUAAAUACCAUAGCGAACUGGUUGGGCAGAUUUUCCCUCGAAAUCACGAAUUUGUAUAACCAAAGAAAUUAUAAAGAACUUUUUCCGAAUAUUCGUGAGACUUACAAGGAAAUCGAAAGUAAUGCGGUUCCUUUAUUACUCAUGAAUAGUCACUUCAGUCUUGAUCGCCCGAUGCCUUAUAUGACAAACAUGAUUGAAGUUGGCGGGAUGCAGAUUUCAGACGAAAUUAAUGAUCUUCCAAGUGAUCUUCAGAAGUUCAUGGAUUCAUCAAAAGAUGGCGUGAUCUACUUUUGCAUGGGCGGAACUUUAAAAAUGAAAGAUCUUGAUCUGGAAAAGAAAAAAAUCAUCAUUGAAGGUUUAAAAAAGACCAAACUUCCGGUAAUCAUCAAAUGGGAUGACGACUCAACUAUUCAAGAAUUUUCUUCAAAAUCCAAAUUUUUCGCUUCUAAUUGGUUACCUCAAAAUGACAUCCUUGCCAACCCAAAAGUCAAAGCUUAUGUCACUCAUGGAGGAUUAUUAAGCACCACAGAAGCAGUUUAUCAUGGCGUCCCGAUAAUUGGCAUCCCAAUAUUUGGCGAUCAACGAACCAACAUCAACAAAUUCAUUAAACGCGGUAUCGCUGUCAAGCUAGAUUACGAAAAUCUAUCAGCUGAAUCCUUAUCUUCGACCAUCAACAAUGUCAUAGACGAUAAGAAAUUUUCCAUGACAGCCAAAACCUUAUCUCAUCGAUUCCGAGAUCGUCCAAUGACACCUGUUCAAACGGGUAAAUAUUGGAUCGAGUACAUUUUGCGACAUGGCAAUCCGGAUUUCAUGAAGUCGCCAGCGAUGAAGUUAAAUCUCAUCGAAUAUCACAACUGGGAUGUAUUUCUAACAAUUUUCUCCGUUGUCAUAAUUGUUCUCUACCUCUAUUGGAAAGCCACGAAAUGGUCAAUACGGAAAAUUUACCGUUUACUGUGCGCGAAAAAGACAAAGAAAGACGAUGAAAAGCUUAAAAAGCCAUAAAAUUUAAUAAAAAUGUCAGCGCUGUCAAAUUUACGCGCCAAAAAAAAAACAAACAACUUUCUCUCUGUUCGAAAACGAAUUUA